AAAAUAAGCAUGGGAUAUUUAUACUGAUGCCAGAACAGUUCCCUGCACAGCGACUUCAAGGAGGGGCAGAUAUAGCAAGUACUUUCAGUACCGAAAUCCAGGCUACUAUAUAUAUAUAUAUAUAUAUAUAUAAACCGGGAUGAAUCCCACCGACUCUGAGAUAUCAUUUCGCUUACGAAAGUUGAAAACAAUUAUUGCUCGUUUGGAUAUCAAUAACGAUGGAUAUAUAACUACCGAGGACUUCGAAGUGAACGAAUUGAGCAAAGCAACCGGAGAGCAAGCGGAAUCAUGCCACAAUGCUUUUGUCUUCGCUGCGGAGAUGCUCGGGUACACACGAGGAGUUAAAACGUCAAGGGAAGAUGCAGUAAAAAAUACGAGCGAGAGAAUGUUGGCGGUACCUUGGGAAGAGCAGAAGACAAUGUGCUACACAGCCCACAAUCAUAUCUUUGAUGCAAUCGACACAAAUCGAGAUGGUCACAUUUCCUUGGAGGAAUUCAAAGUUUACUUUCAUGUGCUUGCUCCUGAUACUUCUGAUGCCGAUAAACUCCUAUCGUUCAAUUUGAUUGAUGUGAAUCAUGAUGGCAAAUUAAGUCGUGAGGAAUUCCUCGAAGCCACAUUCGAAUAUCUGCAUGGAGUCCAAGAAACGGAACUGUCGAAAGUAUUUUAUGGACCAUUAUUGUCGUAAAAUAAUUGGUUAAUGCUACUUCACAUAACAUUUGAUUUACAGUCUUCGUUGGUUGCUUUGUGUGAACUAUGUCAUAACAACAGUGUGUUAAGACUGUGAAGAUAAGGUUUAAGGUUUAAACAGGCACAAUAAAAGUUACAGUAAUAGUUUAAUAGUUUAGUUUACUCUGAGGUACAGGAAUGUACAAAUAAUGAAUGUACAGUACGCGUCGCGUACCAGAUUAUUAGAGACCUUACGAUUUUAGGACGGCAACGCGACGACGACGGCCAAAACAAACUCCUUCAAAUAAAUGGUAGUAAAGAUAAAUCGUGGUAUAUUAUCAAUCGUAUGAAUUUAGUACAGUCUAGAAGUUGACGACAUGGGUGUUAUGGUUGGAAUGAGUUCUGCUGAACGCAGUUUGAAGUAGCACUUGUUGCGACUUGAAAUGCAGCCGUUGUAUCAAGACGUGAAAAUCUGUGAUUUUGGCGUUGUAAACUGCAGAGCGAGGAAAAUGUCUAAAUUAUUCAUUUAUUGUAAUUAUCCAAUUCGUUUCAAUGAUUUAUUGUAUUGAUAGCCGUUUCCGUCGCGUUGCCGUCCUAAAUCGUAAGGUCUCUACUGUGGGGUAGUGUUAACAGCAGCCGAAUCCGGUAUGAAAAUCACGACGCAUACCGAUGCAAUCCGGUAUACAAAAAACUGCAAACUAUUGAAAUAACGUAUUGUUAGAAUUUGAAUGCCUCGGCACUCUGCUGAACACACAAGUGCAUAAAAGCUCGAUUUAAGUAAAUUUUAUGCAUAAAGAAACUGUUUAAGAAGCUGCUUUAAAUUCCCAAGAGCAGAAAAUCGUGCGCUUUACAAAGAUAUUUUAAUUUGUUAAUAGGUACUCGAUAUUUAUAAUGCACCCUGUCAAUAAUUUACGCAUCUUUGCGUUCAGCUGCCUUAGUGCUAAGGCAUUCAAAUUCUAACAAUACGUGUUUUUAAUAGUUUGCGUUUUUUUUGGACACCCUGUAGUGUAAACGGGGCCUAACUGCUGGAGUUACGCGAGCAACAAAAUUGCUGCAACUUGCAACAAAAUCUGAUUUCAACGCAUGUUAAGUAGAAAUGUUGACACAUGUUGCCUCGUGAUUUAAAACGGUCAUUUAUCGAGCCCCAGAAAGAUAAAAUGUGGUGUUCCGCAGGGAUCUAUCUUGGGCCCUUUAUUAUUCCUAUUAUAAUACUUAAAAUAUUCAACUCCAUCCCUCUACGCAGAUGACACAGAAAUUUAUCUAUCCUCUAACGAUUGCGAUGACAUUGUUAUUAAAAUAAACCUUGAUCUUGAAAAUAUUCGAAAAUGGAUGCUACAAAAUAAGCUCCAAAUUCAUCCGACAAAAUCGAAAAAUAUGUUCAUUGGACCAUCGUAUAAUAUUAAACAUAAGGUAUCUGGUAACCCAAUUCUUGUUAAUAACGUUCCAAUACCCAGGACUGAAAAUUAUAUUUGCCUUGGUGUCAACAUUGACGAAAGAUUGACCUGGGAAAAACAUAUUGAUAUGAUAUGUUCAAAAGUCAGUGCGGGAAUCGAGG